CACCUUCAUCUACUUAACUCCAAGGCCGCCAAGAGCUUGCUAUCCUAUAUAUACAACGCAUAUGCGCGACACUUAAGAGAUUACAUCGAGAGGGUCCGUAGAACUAAGCGCAAAAGCAGCGGCAACCAGCGAGCAAGAAGUACAAACGAGAGCCUUGCUAGCUAAAAUUGAUAGACCCGCGAUGGUGGCCAAGGCAGAGAUGAGCGCCAUGGAGUUGGAGAAGGUGAUGAGCGACGGGGAGGUGGUGCUCGGCGGCGCCGGAGACGAGGAGGAGGAGGACGUGGUGCUGCCGGGGUACCGGUUCCACCCCACCGACGAGGAGCUGGUCACCUUCUACCUCCGGCGGAAGGUGGCCAGGAAGUCCCUCAGAAUCGAGGUCAUCCGGGAGAUGGACAUCUACAAGCACGACCCAUGGGAUCUCCCCAAGGCGAGCACGGUCGGUGGGGAGAAAGAGUGGUAUUUCUUCUGCCUGAGGGGCAGGAAGUACCGGAACAGCAUCCGGCCCAACCGAGUGACCGGCUCCGGCUUCUGGAAGGCCACCGGCAUCGACCGGCCCAUCUACUCCGCCGGCAGCGGCGGCGCCAGUUCCGGCGUGUCCAUCGGGCUGAAGAAGUCGCUCGUGUACUACCGCGGCAGCGCCGGCAAGGGCACCAAGACCGACUGGAUGAUGCACGAGUUCCGCCUACCGCCGGCCGCGGCCACCAACUCCUCCCCGAGCAUGCAAGAAGCCGAGGUGUGGACCAUCUGCAGGAUCUUCAGGAGGACCAUCACCUACCGCAAGCAGCAGACGUGGAGGCCGGUGCCCGCGCCGUCCGUCGCCGACUCGAACUCCAACACGGGGAGCUUCGAGUCGUCCGAAGCCGGCGACGAGUACAUGAACUGCCUGCAGGCACCCGCCGCUCCAUGCAUCCCCCAGCAGCAGUACGUCAGUCAGGUGGGCACGGUGGACAGCGGCAACUUCUUCUACGAGGACAACAUGCACAACCAGCAGUUCCAGGGGCAAUGGAACGCCGCACCCGCCGCGCCGGUGCCGGAGCAGAAACUACAGAGCCCAUUGUCAACCGCCGUCUCCUUCCACCAGAAUGACCACAGCCACGCCGUCGCCGCCAACGAUUUCUACAAAGUCGAGGGAUACUUGGAGGAGAUCGCGAGGAUGAUGGAGGUCACCGAUCCGACAGGGUUUUACGACUACAGAUCAUACGGUUGAUCGGCCGACCUUCGCACGUCUUCAGAGUUGUUCAGGGUAGACAAACAGAAUCCGCCGACGCGCUAGAACAGAUGCUGUCAAGUGAGGAAGUGACAUGCAGGGCCCGCACCACAGAGAGCUGAGGCCUAUAGUCAGCAGAGCUUCACCCGCAGAGCUUUCUCUCUUUUGAUUUCUCUUCGAUCUGAUCUACUCCCUCCGAUCCAUAAUAAGUGUCGCAGUUUUGAACUAAGGUUGAACUAAACUUAGUUCAAAACUGCGACAUUUAUUUUGGAUCGGAGGGAGUAGUGUAUAAACCAUGUGUGUUCGUGAUACAUAGUAUGACUUGUGUGUGUAACAUAGUAAGAGUGACAUAUAAAUAUUUGCUCCAGGCAUGUUUUAAUUCAAUCAGUCAUGUCUGAACGUUCUUGUACCUUGUUCUGGUCACUCAGAUAUGCACAAGUAACUUAAUGUUGCUGGUUGAACAGUAAAAUAGAAACAAAUGAACAACAGAGUAGAAAAUACAUCUUUUAUUAUGUGCAUGUUCCUCCUGUUAGUGUUUGAUGUGUUCGUGAAAAUUUUUAAUGCAAAAAUGAACAAUUAUGCUUCCUUGGUAAACAAAAGAUUGGCGCUCAGCUUUUUUUAGCACAGGCUUGAAUACUUGUGUUUUUUCCAUAAACUUUUGAAACAAAAAAAAAAGGACAAGAACCUGUAUAUGUCUAAUAUUUUUCAUAUUUUUUGGCACCCGUAAAAGUAUUCCUCACAAGCAAGAGCAUAUAUACCAAGGAACCAAAUAAUCAGUUCUACACCAGAUUUCUUAUCACUUUCAGACUUAAGUGAGCAAAAAUAAUCAGUUCUACAUGCAUCCAGUUUGUCGCUCCU